AUGGACCUGUUCUCCGCCGCCUGCGAGAACUUUGGGCUGGUCAUUAACACGCAGAAGACGGUGGUGAUGCACCAACCGCCACCCAACUCAGCCACAGCCCCCAACGCGCCGCCGCAAAUCAGCGUGAACGGAACCCAACUGCAGGUGGUGGAGAACUUCCCGUACCUGGGCAGUACUCUCUCCCGCAACACCAAGAUCGACGACGAAGUCGCCAACAGGAUCUCGAAAGCCAGUCAAGCCUUCGGUCGCCUCCAAAGCUCAGUUUGGAAUCGCCACGGUCUUCAGCUGAGCACGAAGCUAAAGAUGUACAAGGCCGUCAUCCUACCGACACUACUGUAUGGAGCGGAGACUUGGACGGUGUACGCAAAGCAGGCACGUCGUCUGAACCACUUCCACCUCAGUUGACUUCGUCGCAUCCUGAGGCUAAAGGGGCAGGAUCGAAUACCCGACACUGAUGUGCUGGAACGAACGGGAAUCCUCAGCAUCUACGCCAUACUGAGACAAAUACAGCUGCGCUGGAGCGGCCACCUGGUACGCAUGGACGACGAGCGACUACCCAAUCGACUCUUCUACGGAGACGUCGCGACGAGUUCUCGCCGUCAAGGAGGCCAGAUUCGCCGUUACAAGGAUACCCUGAAGUCCUCCCUGAAAUGCCUGCAAAUCAACCCCAUCAACUGGGAGGAGCUCGCACUCGAUCGACCGACCUAGAGGAGGACAGUGAAGACAGGCGCUGCGAUCUACGAGGCCAACCGCAUCGCUGCCGCCAAAGUGAAACGUGAAGACCUCAAAUCACAACUUCGCCUAGUAAGCAACGCCGCCACACAACCGCUUCCAACGUGUCCUCGAUGUCAACGGACAUUCCGGGCUCGAAUCGGACUUGUUGGACAUCUUCGGAUUAACUGCGCCUCUCGAACGGCACCAACCAUCGUCCCCCCGCCUGCCUCUUCCUCCUCCUCUCUGCCGCCAACUAACCCUGACAAUUCUUCUGACUCACCACCUCCAUCAUCCUCCUCCACCUCCUCCUCCUCCUUCUUCUUCUUCUUCUUCUCCUCCUCCUUGCCCACUGCUCCAACGGCGGCCGCUCAGGCGACUGUCCCGCGCACAGCAACCGACACUACCACCACCUCCCCCGACGCCAGGGAUGAGGAUCAGGACUGCACCUGCCCUCACUGCGACCGUACCUUCACCUCACACAUCGGCCUGGUCGGUCACUUGCGAAUCCAUCGCACAGAGACUGGCGAACCAGUGCCUGGAGCACCCACCUAUACCCACCAAGCUCGUCUCAACUGCCCACACUGUCCUCGCACUUUCAGGCGUCGUAUGGGCCUAUUUGGCCACAUGCGCAUCCACGACGACCUGCGGUAG